AUGGCUCUUGAGGACGAAGGUUCUUACCUCUCUUCGCCGUUCAUUCUCACUCUCAUUUCCACACUGUUCGUGCUGGCCCUAAGUCUCUUCGUCCGCAGGGUCCAGGUUGGGUACCAUGCUUUUCUGGCUCUGGGACCAGGUGGCACGCCGUCAACCUUUGCAGGCUACCUGCGAAUCUGUGUGCUGAGGAUCUUUGCCUUAAGAAACCCUCUCCAUCCGCCAUUUUUGUCUCCCAAUCUGCCUUCACAGACUGGAAUUCUCAAGAAUUUACCGAAGCGAGCUGGCCCGCGGCCCAAGGUCGUUGGGAUAGCUCCUCAACGCCAGAUGACCCAACGCGGGACGCCGGCCAUGUAUGCAGCGCUCACUGCCGCGAUCAAGGAAAUAUCCGCUCAAAACAUCGACGGCCUCUACCUUGGAACGUCCUGUUUUGAAAAACACAGCACAGGCCUCUUCUCCACGCCCUCUCUCAGAAGCCAACCGACCUGCAAUGGUGAAGUGUGCCAUUCCCACCCUAGUGAUGGCAGCCUGCACUUAACCCUCCACCCAGCAGACGUCAAACAUAUCAUCGAGAAGGGCUGGGGCGAACGCCACCCCCUCGCUCGUGAAAGCUGGUGGUGGAAGCUCAGGUUUGUGCCCGUCGGCUUUGUCAUGAUUUACGCGCCGCAGACGAUGGAGGAACUGCAGUCUGUUAUUCAAAUUAUCCAUGCUGCGGCAUGGUGGGUGACUGGAACGGAGCCGCGCUCUCAACAAGCCUCGCUCAAGGUUCUGGGACAAGUCCCUUGUGAAAGUGUUGAUUCGCAGACAGCAGCAAAUAGCGGCGUGAAAGUCACUUGGUGUGAUACGGCUGGGUGCUCUAUGGGGGCGAUUUGA